CAUGUUGAGGUCUUUCUUCCCUCCCAUCGGCCUUUCAUUCGGGCCUUUCUUGAGCUGCCAAACCAGAAGCAGAGCAGUCGAGUCUCCAAUCGCUUCUACAGAAGCCGUAGUUGAGCGGCGUCCAAAGACCACUCGUUGGUAUUGUGUUCCGUGAGCGGCGUCCCAAGGUUACCAGCCGAGCUGCUGUGCGAAGAGCAAAUCAGCUGGCUUAUAUUUAGCCUUGCAAAUGGCGCUCUGUGGAUUAUGUCUUGCGACUCUCCGGUUUCGUCUUCACCGAGUGUGUUUGCGAGCAUGACUGGGGCUCCGGUCCGUGCUAUUCAGGUGAGGCUCCCAGUGUCGUGUUCUUCCGCACCGGCUCGUCUUCCAGGCAUUUUUUUCGCUCCCCCCUUGGCGCAGCAAAAGAUAUUUACAGAGGUGAGGAGAGCAGCAAAUCCACUCGAGUCAGGACGUGGGGACGACAAGUCCAGUCUCCUUAGGGGCGGGGGAUCAUGGAUGUUCUGGCCUUAGAGGCAAAGAAUGUGAACGGUGCAGAACCAGAGAAGAAAGCUGCGUCCAGGCCCAGACCUAAACCUCCAAAAAAGCCCAAAAGGAUUGUGUACUUUGAGGUAGAGAUUGUGGAUGUUAAGACCAAGGAGAAACUUCUACUCCUGGACAAGGUGGAGCCAACCGCCACAGUUCUGGAUAUCAAGGCCCUGUUUCAUAAAUCAUAUCCUAAGUGGCACCCGGCCAGACAAUCCCUGCGCCUGGAUCCCAAGACUAAAUGUCUCAGGGAUGAAGAAGUUCUCCAAACCCUUCCUGUGGGAACCACAGCCAGCUUUUACUUCAGCGACCUAGGACCUCAACUGACGUGGGGAACAGUUUUCCUGGCAGAGUGUCUGGGCCCACUGCUCAUCUAUUUAAUGUUCUACUUCCGCCUCCCCUUCAUCUACGCUCCAAAAUAUGAUUUUACCAGCAGCAAACACUGGGUGGUGCAUUCUGCUUGCAUCUGUCACUCCUUCCAUUACAUCAAGAAGGUUCUGGAGACUCUGUUUGUCCACCGCAUCUCCCACGGGACCAUGCCUCUGAGGAACAUAUUUAAGAAUUGUGGCUACUACUGGUGCGUGGCAGCCUGGAUGGCAUACUACAUCAACCACCCUCUCUACACCACGCCUGUUUACGGGCAGCAACAGGUCAAUGUCGGACUUUACAUCUUCUGGUUCUGCCAAAUAGGGAAUUUCUCCAUCCAUGUAGCUCUUCGUAACCUGAAACCACCAGGUUCUAAAGUGAAAAAGAUUCCUUACCCGACGAAAAAUCCGUUCACGUGGAUUUUCUGGCUGGUGUCGUGUCCAAACUACACCUAUGAGCUGGGCUCCUGGAUAGGCUUCAGCGUGAUGACGCAAUGUGUGCCCGUGGCUCUCUUCACCCUGGUGGCCUUGGUCCAGAUGAGCGUGUGGGCUCGAGGGAAACACCGCGGCUACUUGAAGGAGUUUAAGGACUAUCCCACCCUGCGCUCCUCAAUACUGCCCUUCAUCCUUUAGGGGAGGGACCACCCUGCUCCCUCCAGUCCAAGCUUGAAGCGGACUUGGGCUGGUUUCAAGUCUUAAUUGACUGUUGUUGACAAGAAGAUGCAUUUUUUUUUUAAAUAAAUAAAAAGGUUACCACAUUUCCUUGAAUUGCCGCCAAAAACCUAUUCUCACUCCGGCUCUUACCAAAGGCAUGUGGUAAAUUUAGGCCUGCGCUUAUAAAUUUGAGUGUGAUGUAAGGAUACCAUCAUGAAAAGCACAUUUAAUAAAAAAAACGUUAUUAUGGUCUUACCUUUACUUAUAAAUGAAGUCCAUGUGCAGCUCCUUCUGAUCAAAAGCAUCAAUAACUUGUUCAAAGAAGUCUUCCUUAUCUUUCUUCAGUUUUAAAAGUCUCUCUGUCUCGAUGGAGAUCAUCCUUUAUUACCUCCUGCUUCGAUUGAAAGUCCAGUUUAGAAAACUGUUUUAUUUUAGAUAUGUAAUCAUCCAUGUUAAAAGUGCAAGCGAGAGGAAAAAUAAACUCUUGCUGCUUGUUGUCACUUCUUCUGCAGCCAAGUAGUCGCAAGAAGGAUCACUAGCGCCCUCUACCACCAGGAGGCGGGAGUCAUUUAAUGACUCAUAUUUGACACACGCAGCUACGGUAUAUUAAUAAAACAUAGCUGCUUACUGUUCUUUUUAGCAUAUUCAAUAGCUUGGACCUUAAAUCCUACUGAAUAGCUCUUAAUCUUCUUCCCUUUAUGCCAUUUCAAAUGAUUGAAAUCAGCCUCCUCCAUUUUGAAAAUGAUGACAGGUGAAGUGUCACUCGUGACGUGACGAGUUUGACCCGGUGGAAAUUGUAGACAUGCGCUAAUAAAAAUAAUAUUUUGUGAAACGAGUUUGACCCGGCGUUAGUCCUGAGCCGGCGGUAGUGCUUAGGAUGCGCUAAUUAUUUUGCGAAACGAGUUUGACCCGGCAGUAAUUCUAGUCAGGUGCAUACUAUAUACUUGGCAAAAUUCAAGGAAAUACGGUAAUUGUCUUCUAUUUGGAUUUUGGCAGCAGACCCAUGGUCAUCAAGCACAUUUUUGGUGCAUUUUUGCGGUCCAGAACCAAGUUUCCAACUCAACUUUGGGGGGAAAAAAGGAUGUCACAUGUUUGUCGUACAGUAUUUUUAAGUUCUUUGGAUUUAUUUCCGUACCGAUGUGAACCAUAGUUUGCUUACAGACAUGUGUGAUGAUACAAAUGUGACAUUUGAAAUAAUUGUACCAACUAAGGCUGAAUGAAGGCUUUAUUUUUGAAGGACUGCUUUAAGUGAACUUCAGCCUGUGGAAUGUUACACACUUCUCGUGUCUUCUUUGGAGGACACAACACGAAAACACGAAUGCUAACAAA